UAAAAAUCCUGUUGAAUUCAACAGGGUUUACACCCAGGUCAAUGGAGUUAAGACUGCAGCCGUAGCAAGCUCGAGGGGGCAUGCUUGCUCCUUCCUCCAUAUAUUAUGACAACAACCCUGUGAGGUAACCCUGUCAUGACAAAGACCACCCACAGCCCUUCUGAAGCAAGCACCCAAAUGGUCACAAGCAUAACCACACUCCUAGGGACACCAGGUACCAGCCCCACGGCAAACAACACUACACCACCAAUUGACAACAGCACAAUUGCCACCACUGUCACCCAUUUGGGUCCAUCACCUUCACCCUCACCCAGCGCAGCCACCGACAGCACCAGUGCAGAAAUCAGUGUAGCCACCAGCCCCGGAGUCACGAUGUCUUUCUCCCACUCUGUGGCGCCAUCCACCAGCCGCAGCCCAGGCACAGCUGAGCCUGAUGACAAGGAGACACCCCUGUCAGAGAAACCCGGCCUGGUGGCCAUCAUCUGCAUCUUCCUUGCCAUCAUUCUCAUUGGCGCCGUGGUGGUCCUGCUGAAAUGUUACCGUGGGAGGGAACCGGCCUUCAAGAAGCUGGACGAAGUGCCCAUGCAGGGGAAAGUUGCAGAAGAUUCUCCAUUUGCCCGUUAUCCUCCAAAGUAGCCCAGCCCACUGUCUGGCUACGCUUGUACACC